AUGGCCGAAUCAUACCCGACCCUGACACAGUGUGCCGUCGUCAGCACCGCCUUCAAGGUGCUGCUCUUCCCCGCAUACAAAUCCACCGACUUCGAGGUCCAUCGGAACUGGCUCGCCAUCACCCACAGCCUCCCCGUGUCCGAGUGGUACUACGAGAAGACGUCGGAAUGGACGCUCGACUACCCGCCCUUCUUCGCCUACUUCGAGUGGCUCCUCGCCCUCGUCGGCCGCCUCGUCGACCCGGCCAUGGUGCGAAUCUACAGCCUGCACCACGAUAGCUGGCAGACGGUGUACUUUCAGCGGACGACGGUCAUCCUGACGGAGCUGCUGCUGGCCUACGGGCUGCAAGCCUUCAUAGACUCGACGCCGACGCCUUCUAGACGCGCCGCCCAGGUGGCUGCCCUCUCCAUCUUCCUGUCGCCGGGCCUCCUGAUCAUCGACCACAUUCACUUCCAAUACAAUGGCUUUAUGUACGGCAUCCUGGUCGUGUCCUUGGUCCUCGCCCGAUGCAGCUCGACCCUCCUCCGGAGCGGGCUGGUCUUUGCGGCGCUGCUGUGCUUUAAGCACAUCCAUCUCUACCUCGCGCCCGCCUAUUUCGUCUUCCUUCUGCGCAGAUACUGCCUCUCGGCCCAGUCGAUUUUCCGCAUCCGGCCUCUCAACUGCAUCAAGCUCGGCGGCGGCAUCGGUGCCAUAUUCGCCGCGGCCUUUGGUCCCUUUGCCGCCAUGGGGCAGAUGCCGCAGCUCCUGAGUCGCCUGUUUCCCUUCUCGCGAGGCCUCUGCCACGCGUACUGGGCGCCCAACAUUUGGGCGCUCUACUCGCUCGCCGAUCGGGUCUUGAUAUACCUCGCGCCGAGGCUGGGCCUCGCCGUGAAGUCGGCGGCGCUGCGGAGCGUCACCCGCGGCCUCGUGGGCGACACGGCGUUUGCGGUGCUUCCCGAAAUCACGCCCAGGCUCUGCUUCGGAUUGACGCUGCUCUUCCAAUGCCUGCCCCUCGUGAAGCUGUUCGUCGAGCCCACCUGGGACAACUUUGUCGGCGCCAUCACCCUGUGCGGCUACGCCUCGUUUCUCUUUGGCUGGCACGUGCACGAAAAGGCCAUCCUGCUGGUCAUGAUACCCUUCAGCCUGAUUGCCCUCAAGGACAGGCGACACCUCGGCGCGUUCCGCCCCCUCGCCGUCGCCGGCCACGUGUCCCUCUUUCCCCUCGUCUUCACGCCGGCCGAGUUUCCCGUCAAGACGAUAUACACCGUGUUCUGGCUCGUCUUGUUCCUGUCGGCCUUUGACCGGCUUGCGCCCGCGUCGAGCAAGCCGCGGUUUUUCCUGCUCGACCGCUUCAGCACGCUGUACAUUGCCGUGAGCGUCCCGCUCAUCGCCUACACUUCCCUCCUUCAUCAGGUGGUGUUUGGGAAGAGUUACGAAUUCUUGCCGCUCAUGUUGACGAGCUCGUACACGGCGAUAGGCGUCGUCGGGAGCUGGCUCGGAUUCAUGGCGUCGUCGGGAGCUGGCUCGGAUUCAUGGUGGCUUAUUUUACAUGCUGUACAGUACGUCAGGGACGGCGGUGUCGCUGCUGUAGCAUUUCCUGCCAUGUCCGAAAAUGCCUUUCGUAGCAUUUCUUCAUCAAGGCAUGAUCAGAUACUGAUGGGCUCACGAUCGGUCUUGGCCAUGAUUCUUCUGUGUGCGAAUCCUGAGCGUAGGCACUGGCUUUGGGGGUUGAUUGCUGAUUGA